AUGAAUCGCUGGGUCGGCAAAGUUGCUAUUGUUACAGGAGCUAGCGCUGGAAUUGGUGCAGUCCUUGCUGAAAAAUUGGUUAAGGAAGGACUACAAGUAGUUGGUCUUGCUAGACGUAAGGAACCAAUAGAAAUCCUUUCUAAAAAACUCGAUGGAGAAAAAGGAAAAUUACAUGCCUUAAAAGUGGAUCUAACAAAGCCCGAGGAAAUCAUAAAUGCGUUUAAAUGGGUGAAAGAGAAUUUAGGUCCAGUUCACAUUCUCGUGAACAACGCUGGAAUUGCCUUGAAUACCACCCUAAGCGAUGGUGAUUACGAAAAAUGGAAACAAGUGCUUGACGUGAAUGUUUUGGGCCUUUCUGUUGCGACAAGGGAAGCUGUAAGACAAAUGAAAGAAAACAAAAUAGACGGUCACAUCGUUCACAUCAAUAGUAUGCUUGGUCAUAGGGUAAUUAAGUUACCAUUGAACAUGUAUUAUGCAUCAAAAUAUGCAGUAACGGCGUUAACAGAAGCCCUACUUAACGAAUUUAAUGAAGAAAAGUUGAAAAUUAAAAUAACUAGCGUGAGUCCUGGAGUAGUCAAAACUGACUUCAGAAAGGCGGCAGGGUAUGUCCCUCAGGACGUGGUCGAAGAUAUUCCUGGAGUAACCGCUGAAGAAGUGGCAGAUGUAGUAAUUUACGUGUUAGGAACACCCCCAACAGUUCAGAUACGCGAAUUAACAUUAACUGCAGUUGGAGAAAUUGUGUAGUGCAUUUUUAGUCUUUGACUGUGAAAUUUAAUAUUUUGCGUUUGCACCGCGUUAUAUCUUCUUUUGUUCUGGUUUAUUAAUCGACAUCAGAACAUGACACGUUACACACCUAGAAUCAUCCUAAAUGUAUAUAACGCAUAAAGAAUUAAAAGUAACGUGUAUUUUUUA